UCUCAACUAAUUGACCGUAGCUGUGACCAUGGAUUAGGUCUAGUUUUGUUUUGCAAGAGUUCAAUUUUGUCUGCUACAUUUCAAAUUUCGCUAAGUUGAGAUUAAUUAUGAAUACCGCUGUUACUUCAUUUAUUAUUUAUUUUUACACUUGUGGACUUUGCAUUCAAUUUUCAUUAGAAACUGAUGAAAUUGAAUCUUCUGAAAAAGAUUGUGGUUGUGGAGCACUUAAGCGCGAUGAAAAUUUAAGGGAUUCAAAUUCUGAAUGCUCAUCAGGUACUGGUAAACAAUUGCAUGACAAUGAAGAUUCCGUGACUAAGUACAUGGAAUCAAAUCAAAAUAUUCAUGAAGCCAAUGAAGAACCUUUUGAAAGUGCCGUGUUUAUUAAAGGUGGCGAAUUUCAGAUGGGAACUGACAAACCAGUUUUUGUUGCCGACGGAGAAGGACCAGUUCGUAAAAUAAUUAUCGAAGACUUUUAUUUAGAUGUUCUUGAAGUUAGCAAUAGAAAAUUUGAAGACUUUGUGAAAAACACAGGACACAUUACUGAAGCUGAAAAGUUUGGUGAUUCCUUUGUUUUAGAAGCUUUAUUAAGUGAGAAUGUCAAGUCUACUAUUACCCAAGCAGUUGCUGCUGCACCUUGGUGGUUACCUGUAAAAGGUGCAAGUUGGAAGAAUCCAGAAGGAGUUGAUUCUAAUAUUUCUGACAGACUGGAUCAUCCUGUCAUACAUGUUUCAUGGAAUGAUGCUGUUGCUUACUGUAAAUGGAAAGGAAUGCGACUUCCAACUGAGGCUGAAUGGGAGUAUGCAUGUCGAUCUGGACUGCAUAACAGGCUAUUUCCAUGGGGUAAUAAGCUUAUGCCACAUGAUGACCACUACAUGAAUAUCUGGCAAGGCACUUUCCCAGAUAACAAUACAAAAGAAGAUGGCUUUAUCAGUACAGCACCAGUUACCUCUUUUCCCAGCUCAAGUUAUGGUUUAAAGAACAUGGUAGGCAAUGUAUGGGAGUGGACUAAUGAUUGGUGGACAGUGCAUCAUUCACCUGAGCCUCAACACAACCCUACGGGUCCAGAAUCAGGAAGUGAUAAAGUAAAAAAAGGAGGAUCAUAUAUGUGUCAUAAAGCCUAUUGCUACAGAUAUAGAUGUGCUGCUCGAAGUCAAAAUACGCCUGACACUACUGCUGGUAAUUUGGGAUUUAGAUGUGCUGCCUCUGCUCCAAAAACAACUACCAAUCCAUAAAGAACAUUAAAGUUGAUAAUUUUAUUAUAAUUGCACAUAAUUCUGUACAAGUGUCAACAAAAUCAAAUUGUGUGGAAUAUCGGUUUUUAUAUUUCAUUUCAUUGUUGAACUUCAAUCAAUAUAAGUCACAUUUUCAAGUUUUUCAGGAGAGCAUUUCUUUUUUACCAAAAAGGCUAUUUCCAUGUAGGCAAUAUGUUUACCUUUAUUGUGUUAUUUAUAAGAAAUUCCAGAAAUCUGUUAGGUUUUUAUUUAAAAAAAAGUUCUAACAAUUUGAUGUAAAAAUCUCAUCUUGAAAAAGUCCUUCAAGUUUUGGAGAAAAUAUGUCUAGUCACAUUUCAUCAACUUUGAUUAAGGAUGAGAUAACCUUAGGCUUAAACAGCCAAUAUUAUUGGCUGAGUAAUAAAUCAGUUACUUUUAUUAGGUUUAAAAGCAACCAAGAGGUAACUAAGAUCAGAUUGUAAGUAUCUCUCAUUGUUUACAACUACCCUAAAAAUAUAAAAUAUGCACUGUAAUGCAAGGUAGUUUUUCACAUUCAUUAAAUGUUUUACUCCUUUUGUGACGAUUUUAAGAUUAAAUUAAAUAAAGUUCAUAUAUUUUUAAGUUUUAAAACUUGAAAUAUUAAAUUUAUAAUGAAGUGUUCCAACAGUAUGAAAGUGGCAAAAUUAUUGUAUCAUAUUGUUAGCUGAGUAACUACAACAAUGUGUUUUUUAUCGCUUGCAUUUUAAAUUCCAUUUUUUUAAAAGGAUUUUCUGUUUAUAUGAAAAAAAAAGCAUAAGACUUGUUGGCUUAACAUAAGGGACAAUUAUUUUAAUU